AUGCCGAGGUCUUUUCUCGUGGAUUCCUUGAUUUUAAGGGAGGCCAGCGACAAAGGAAACGAGAACAACCCACCUUUAUUUCCUUACGCCGUGCACUCGCCUCACCACCCGCACGGGCUGGCCGGCGCCUGCCACUCCAGGAAAGCCGGACUGCUGUGCUUCUGCCCGCUGUGCAUGACCGCGCCCCAGCUCCACCCGUCCCCACCGACACUGCCGCUCCUAAAGGCAUCUUUUCCUCCCUUCACCUCACAGUAUUGCCACUCAGCUCUGUCGAGACAACACUCUUCAUCUAACAGCGUCAACCUCAGCCACGGACCGGGGAUAUAUCAAGCUGCGUACUCAGUCCCAGACCCGCGACAGUUCCACUGCAUCUCUAUCGAAAACAGCAACAGCAAACUUCAGAGCAGCAAGCGCAUGCGCACCGCCUUCACCAGCACGCAACUUUUGGAGCUGGAGCGAGAGUUCACCUCCAACAUGUACCUGUCCAGACUGAGGCGCAUCGAGAUCGCCACAUACCUGAACUUGUCCGAGAAACAGGUGAAAAUCUGGUUCCAGAAUCGCAGAGUGAAGCACAAAAAGGAAGGCAAGAGCAGCGGCCAAAGGACUGGAUCACAUAACUGCAAAUGCUCGUCCCUGUCAACUGCGAGAUGCUCGGAGGAAGAGGAGGAUGACAUUCCCAUAUCUCCUUCCUCCUCAGAAAAGGACGACGUGGACCUGUCCGUCUCUCCCUGA